AUGCAGUUGUCACGCAACGUCUCGCUACAGGCCCACUACAAGGAAGAAAUUGAGCGGGAGACCUAUUCGAAGGUAGAUCCCAAUGCCGACCUUGACAAGGAUGGCGCUCUAAGCAAGGAAGAGCUGGAGAAGUACAUGUCCACGUGGGAAAUAGAAGAAUUUCCUCAAGAGCUGGAGAGAGUUCGAAAUUUGGAACGGGAGAAAUUCAAGCUUGCCGAUGCCGAUGGCGAUGGAAAGCUGCAGGGUGAGGAGUUGGUGGCCAUGUAUGGCCACGGCAUUGACGAGAAAGUCUUAGAAGCAGAGGCGAAGUCUGUCCUCGCCGUCAAAGAUAUGGACAAGGAUGGGAAGCUUUCGCUGAAGGAAUUCUGGCAUGACUACCUGCGGCCGGAUGACGACCAUGACCACGAUGAAGAUCCUCGUGAUCGCAACGUCACCUUUGCCGCCCUGGAUAGUAACGAGGAUGGCUCUAUCGACCUCCAAGAGCUAAUGGUCUGGGAGAGCGGGCUCUUCUUCCUCGAGGAAGCCAUUGAUGGCAUCCUGCACUUCGCCGACCGCGAUGAAGAUGGAGAAGCCGGCUUUCAGGAGCUCGUGGAUGCAUGGCCCGAGAUUGAAGAAGUAGGCGUUCAGCUGCCGCUGCGCGGCAUCUUUGCCCGCGCACUUGGCGAGCACGAGGGCGCUCACGACUCGGAGCUCUGA